AUGCCACCGCCAUCGCGUCCGAUGCGGUCAGCUUCACUGCGACAACCUCCGGCAAUUGGGGCCGGGCCACCAGCAGCUGUCCGAGGCCAUGCGCGACAUCGCAGUCAGAUGGUUCCAUCCCGUACGCAACCCAUUCAACCAGACUCGACGCCAACAGCACAGAAAUCCCGACCACACUUUUCAUCAUAUCAACAGCACUAUUCCCCUAAGAAGCCAACCAAGCCGCCCACCCCCACCCGCGGGGUUGACGCUGAGCCCAGUGGCCUGCUUAUCCCUACAUCUUGGCCGGAUAUCGCAGCCUUGCAGACAGAGCUCCUCCAACUCAGCCUGUUCCAUUCAAAGUCACUUCAAAAGCAUAAUGAUUGGAAAGCUGAAUCGGAGACUUGCCUGCGCAGCAAAUACGACGGUGUUGCUGGGCAAUAUCACUCCGUGCUGGAAGACGAGAAGAUGCGCCAAUCCCAGCUGAACGCGCAGGCAUUGAGCGGUUGGCUCCAGAAUUGUCAUGACCAUCGUGGCCCUCACGACUUCCCUCAGCAAAUCCAGAUACUCUCCCAGGUAUUACAAGAAACCUCAGAUCUUGUGACCACUGGAAUGAGCGGGCGGUAUAACCAGGUCGUCGAGACCUUUGAGCUAUGGUUUGAGCAAGCGGAGUUGGUCCGGCACGACCGCGAAUACUCGGGGCAUGGCAUUUCAUUUGUUGAUCCGCUCGAUCAAGCCUGGAAGGAGGAGUUGCACGCUCUACAUGUAAAGUUGGAGUUAUGCCAGCGACAGCUUCAGAGUCUUGACAUUUUAGGCUUUGGAGAGGUGGAGCGCUUGGGGCAAUCGGCUCUCACUCGAGUCGCCCAGAGCCUUGCCGAGUCAAUUCAGCUCAUGAUCCAGGAGAUUAGUGCGAUGCGCACUCUCGAGGCUGAGGUGAUUCGUUCGGAAAGAGAGGCCGUCAGUCAACUCGUAGAGGGGCUGGCUAGCCCGCGAGACGUGAGGGCACCGCGGGUUGGGAUAUGGAAUAAUGUAUGA